UUUUUCUAUUCCGCGUGGGCCAAUGUAUCGGCAGGUAUUCACUUCAGUGCUGGUGACCACGUGACAAUAGUUACCGUUUCCCGUUUCAAUGUUUCAUGUUCAUUAUUAAUUGUAUUAAACAAACCAAUUCAAACGAACAGUGUAUUUUGGAGAAUGGAGGAGUCUUUGGACGGGCGCGAAGGUGGCGCUAGCACUUCGGGCUUUGACUCGGCAGCCAUUUUGAAUGAUGACGUAUCACCAACAACUAGUUUCUGUUAUAACAUACCAAAUCUUUUUAAUGGCCUAGGCCCAGGUUCGGUCUUGUGUGAACGGACAGACAACGACGAGAGUUAUAUUAACCCAGAUCCCUCGGAAGAAGCAUCAGAACACCAGCAGUUCGAAGAUGAUGAAGAGUAUUCACCAAAAUCAAAUACUAAAAGCGAUAUACCGAAGAGAAAACAAAGGAGGUAUAGGACAACAUUCUCAAAUAUACAGUUGGAGCAAUUAGAGGCUGCCUUCCACAAAACACAUUACCCUGAUGUCUUCUUCAGGGAGGAACUAGCCAUGAGGAUAGAUUUGACUGAAGCCAGAGUUCAGGUUUGGUUUCAAAACCGACGUGCUAAAUGGCGCAAGCAACAAAAGUCGGGCUGUGAAAGUUAUCCACCGCGAGGACCAAGAUCUCCGAAUGAGAGAUCUCAAUCCGCUUUGGCGCUUGAGAUGCGAGACUUUAUUACUAUACCUGUAUCAUCCACUCAAAUGAUAAAUACAGCUGAAACCACACAAAACAACUAUGCGAAGAAACAAGCUGAACCUGCCAUUCACAUUGCAGCAUUACCUACAAAACAAAACCCACAGGGUGAUCUUCCAUCUUUCUCCAUACCACUCCAAUACAAUCUUGGAACCUUUAAGAAAAUUGGUGAAGAAGUCCAUCUUAAUUUGGAGACAACAGAUAAUAUGCAACAACCACAGUGGGAUGCAAGGAUGAUACCAAACUUUAAUAUAAUGAACCUAAAGCCUUUGUUAGAAAAUAGGGAAAGUAUUGAUAUAACUGAACUUAAAUAUGACAUAAAAAAUGAAAGUCGUGUUAAUUUUAAUGAAAUAGCAAAUGUAAAUAUUCAAGGAAAUACUAUAGAAGCUGAAGACAUUUUAGGUAAAGAAACAGUGAAUGAAGGUCAAACUAUAUCACCAGAUUUUGGCAUCGAAAGAUAUCAAAGUUAUCAUAAUGAGAAUGAGAAAAGAUUUAGGGAAUCUAGUUUUGAUGCAGCUAUGAUGGAAGAUGGAAGAAAUGAGUUUGUUUGUGAAAGCGACUUUCUAUGUAAAAAUAACUUUGGGAAGCCCGAAGAGAAAAGCAAUGAGUUCGAAAAUUGUCAUCUCUUAGAUACUGAUAGUAGUGUUGGAAUUAGUAACUUUGAGAAUAAUUUAUAAAUAUAAUGAACGCCGUAUGAUCCCGGUAUAGAAUGAGCUACCCCUUAUUUUCCCGUAGGAGUCGUAAGAGACGACUUAGGGAGCUUAAUGAUCAAGGAACCGGCAGCAGCGUCCCUCUUAAAACAUCACCAAAGUCUAAAUGCGCUUGCCAAUCCGCCUGCCAAGCGUGGUAACGACUGGCAAAACUUCUCUUAUGGGGAAGACCUAUGUUCAGCAGUGGAUAGUUAACGGCUGAAAUAAUAAUAAAUAAAAAAAGAAACUAUAUGAUAAUAUAGUGAAAUUAUGUAUUGGUGAAAAUAUGUAUUGGUUUUUAAUAAAUAAAUGCCAUAAAUCUCACCUAAGUAU